AUGAAGUUCAACGCCAUUCUUGCCGGCACCAUUGGCGCUGGGCUCGUUGCUGCCUCCCCCGUCGACAAGCGCCAGGGAACCAACAUCGAUGCCACCGUUCUCCAAUUUGCUCUGACGCUCGAACAUCUCGAGAAUGCUUUCUAUGUCGGAGCCCUGAAGAAGUUCUCCGAAGCCGACUUCUCCAAGGCUGGUUACGAUGCCACCUACUAUGAGGAUCUCCGCCGCAUCGCCGAGGACGAGCAGAGCCACGUUGCGCUUCUCACCUCUGCCCUGAGCGCUGCCGGUGUCACUCCCGUCGAGCCUUGCCAAUACAGCUUCCCCUACACCGAUGUCAAGUCAUUCAUCACCCUCUCGUCCGUUCUUGAGGGCGUUGGCACAUCAGCCUAUCUCGGUGGUGCGCCUCUGAUCACCAGCAAGGACUACCUGACAGUCGCUGGCUCCAUUCUCGUCACCGAGGCUCUGCACACCUCUUACCAGCGUGCUGCCGUUCCCGAGGUGCCUUUCGCCAGCCCAUACGGCACGCCCCUUGACCCGACCUCGGUCUUCACGCUGGCCGGUGCCUUCAUUACCUCAUGCCCCGCCACCAACGCGGCGCUGCCAUUCGUGCCCCAGCCCGCGUUGGCCUACAACGCCACCGAGUCCUGCCCCAAGACCUCGACCAGGCGCAGCAAACGCAGCAUUCUCUGCCGUGCCCCCAAGCCCGGCAGCCCCGGCUACAACAACGGCGGCGGCUACAACGGCGGCAAGAACGAGACCGGCAACGGCUGGAACGGCGGCGACCACCCCACACCCGAGCCCAUGGCCUGUGAGCUCGUUGCCGGCGGUAAUGUCGUCUUCACCGCCAAUGCCACCAUUCCCGCCGGUGCCUAUGUCACCUUUGUCUCCGGCCUGGAUGUUGCUAGCGUGCAGGGUACUAUCUCCGGCAGCAACAUCGCCGCGCAGAUCCCUGCCAUUGCUCUCGGCCAGACUUAUGUGCUUAUCACCAGCGCUGCUGCUGCGGGCGGCAAAAUUGACCCUGCCACCGUCGUUGCUGGCCCGGCUAUCAUUGAGGGUAGGUUUCAGUUUUCUCCUUUUAACGCUUGA